GAGGACUUCAUGCACAUCUGUUUGAAACUCUCGCACUAUUUCAUGUCAUGUUCAUUGCUGCAAAAACAUCCCCCUUCCUAGCCAACACGGACCUAUAUUUUAUGGGAACGACAACAUGGGUGACCCACUAUCCGUCGCCGCUAGCGUUGCCGGCUUGCUGUCCCUUGGCCUGAAGAGCACAGAGUCUCUCUACGACUACUACACCGCAUGGCGAGAUCAGCGCCAGGACCUAGCGAAAACUGCAGAUCAACUCGGCGGCCUCUUCGAAUCCCUUCAGAUUCUAGACCAAAUUGUGCACACUCGCAAGUGGCAACCCACCGAGCAAUCAAUUGUACGAAGUAUCGAAGAUUCGAUCACUCGUAGCGAGGAUACGAUACACGUGCUACAGGCUGAGGUAGACAAAUUCAAGAAUGAGUCGACCGACAACUGGAAAAAGAAGGCAUUAGUGGUUGGGCGAAGGGCAGCGUAUCCUUUCAAACGAAGCACUUUAGAAGAUCUCGGCGACGAUGUCAACGAUUUUCGCGACAACUUAUCGAUCGCGCUACAGGCGCUUGAGCUACAGGAGCAUCAGAACACACAAGGCGAUAUUGCGAAGGUCAACACUAUCGUCCAGGGUAUACAGACACGAAGCGUCAGUGCUGAUCUGCGACAGUGGCUGAGGCCACCUGAUGCGACCGUGAACUUCAAUGCCGCGGUUGCCAAACGCCACCCAAGCACUGGACUGUGGUUGAUUCAAGGAUCAGCUUUUACUACUUGGCUACAGCAGGAUAACUCUUUUCUCUGGCUAUAUGGGUUCGCUGGCUGCGGCAAGUCCGUGCUGUGCUCGACAGCGAUCCAGCACGCCUUUCGUCGCCGCUCGGCUGACACUGCUGUCGCCUUCUUCUUCUUCGACUUCAGAGAUAAGUCAAAACAGGACGCGUCUGCAUUACUGCGCGCGUUGCUUUUCCAAUUCUGUGGACAGGUGCCCGCGUUGCAAGCGGACUUGACCCGACUCAAGGAUUCCUACAAUCAAGGCACUCCACCAGUACUGGUCUUACUGGAAUAUCUGCGACAGGUCGUUGUGGGGUGUCGCCACACCUACAUUUUAGUCGAUGCCUUGGACGAGAGCCCCAUGGAUCACUCCCGAACCGAAGUCCUAUCGGUGAUCGACACCAUGCGACAAUGGGAACUGCCAGGCUUACACUUGUUGGUCAGUAGUCGAGAUAUUUCUGACAUCCGAGACCAACUACAAUUUCCGACGAUGAAGCAGGGUGUCGAGUAUGUCCCGUUAAAAAAUGACAACGUUCAGCAAGAUAUCGCCCGAUUUGUGGCAUUUCAAGUCGACCAUGACAGUCAGCUUCUACGUUGGGGCGACCAUCGGGAGAAGAUCAAGAGCUAUCUGACCCAGCAUGCGGGUGGAGUGUUUCGUUGGGUCGAAUGUCAGCUUCGGCCGCUGCGGCAAUGCCCCAAAAGUGAGAAAUAUCUCGAAAAAUGUCUCCGCAGACUGCCACAAUCCCUAGACGAGACAUAUGAACGAAUUCUGUGCAGCAUUGAGUUCCAAGAGGAGGCGCGGCGGAUUCUAUCACUCCUAUGUUAUGCGUCGCGACCCUUGUGCGUCAGUGAGGUCAUCGAGGCUCUUGCUGUUGACAUUGACGACCUGGAGUGUUACGACCACCGGAGUAGACUCACCGGCGGCGCAGACGAUGUCCUUCGGAUUUGUCCUGGCCUCAUUGAGAUCAUUCUCGGUACAGAUGGUGAUCAAGAAGUCCGGAUUGCACAUUUCUCGGUGCAGGAAUACCUACUCUCUGAUCGCAUCCAGCACGGUUGCGCGGCCGACUUCGCUUUGUCAGGCCCACUACAGCAUGGCCGUAUUAGCAAGGCUUGCCUGCUAUAUCUCCAAAAAGAUGAAUUGCUGCAGCAGAUUUUGGGUCCAGAUUUAGUGAAACAGUAUGCCUUCGCGAGAUAUGCUGCAGAGUAUUGGGACCACCACUAUCGCCAAGCUGACGACCAAUCUGCGCGAUAUUUGUCUAACAUAGUUAGCACUCUGUUGACACAACGCACUAGGAGAGAGUGUUGGAUUCGGCUACACAAUCCAGAUCGUCCAUGGGCUAAUGGCAUGAAAUCUGAUAAUAUCUUCGCCAAAAACACCCCUACGGCAACAUAUUAUGCUUCUCUUCUUGGCCUGGAUAAAGUAUUAGCGUCUCAUCUGUCUACGUCAACGGCAGAUGUCAACACGCAAGGAGGCACAUAUGGUACUGCUUUACAGGCAGCAUUAGCACAUGGCUAUGAGAAGAUUGUGCAGAUACUAUUGGACAAGGAUGCUAAUGUUAACGUGCAAGGAGGCAUGUAUGGUACAGCCUUACAGGCAGCAUCAGCAUAUGGUCACGAGAAGAUUGUGCAGUUAUUAUUGGAUAAGAAUGCUGAUGUUAAUGCACAAGGAGGUAGAUAUGGUACAGCCUUAAAGGCAGCAUCAGUAGGUGGCUACGAGAAGACGGUGCAGUUACUAUUGAAUAGGGGUGCCAAUGUUAACGCACAACAAGGUGUAUAUGCUAAUGCUUUACAGGCAGCAGUAACAGGUGAUAAUGAGAAGAUUGUGCAGAUACUGUUGAAUAAGGGUGCCAAUGUCAACGCACAAGGAGGGAAAUAUGGUAAUGCCUUACAGGUGUCGUUGUAUUGUGGCCAUGGUGGAAAGGUGGCGCGGAUACUACCGGAUCAUGGUGCCGAUACAGAGCAACUUUUACCCUGGAUAAGAUUUAGGUUAAAUAGCAUCAUCAGACAAUUGGGUGGUUAGGGUAGUGUAGCUAGAGUCCACAUGGG